AUGGCGCUGUUUCGUUGUGCCCCGUCCAGGAACUUCACUUACUUCCACAACCACAAGUACGGCAACUGCUACACCUUUAAUUCAGGACUGCAGGAAAGUUCACCAACGACCAAGUUUCCGGGUCCGGCAUACGGUGAGUAGGUUUGAAAAAACAAACACCUGUCGGUUGAUUCAAAUGAAACGCAACAAAUACUUUGUUGAUACAAAAACAACAACAAAAGAGAACGAACUUUUCCAUUUUCAUGAGUGCAAUAUAACUAUUGUAACACUAAAGAUUUCAUUAUAUGUGAAUUAUGUGGCAGAAAAAUAUUCUUAAUAUUUUUCUGCUUUUAUCACAAAAUAAUAUGAAUGGUUCCUGCGAAAGUUUAAUACUUCUGAUAAUUUUUUUUAUUUAAAUAUUUAAAUGUCUAGCGUAAGAAAGCUACGAACACAAUUUCCCUCUCGGGUGAGAUUAAAAAAAAAAAAAAUUGUCAACCAUGACCCAGAACAAAACGGUUACGGCCAAUAGCCAUAGUAAGUUAAAAGCUAUAAAAGCUUGAACAUUCAAAAUAAAAAUUAAUAAAAAAAAAACACAACCCUCAUUAAACUUCGUUUGGAAAUGAGGAAUUGAGCCCAAACCAAUCAGCUCACUCCACGCCCCCCCCCAUCUCAAACCCUCCCCCUUACGGGGGAGAGGGGGGCACCACUCUUAUUUCCAGGUUUGAUACUUGAACUGUUCAUCAACCAAGGGGAGUACGUUGCUAAUCUGGCCCCCGAGGCAGGCGCUCGUGUCGUCAUACACAAGAAGGGAUCGAUUCCUUUCCCAGAGGACGAGGGUAUUGACGUCAUGCCAGGGCGGGCAACGUCCAUCGGCAUCAAACAGGUCCGAACACGUACCUUCUCACCCAUUCAAAUGUCAGGAGAGAGAAGCAUCUCCUUUUGUUUGAUUCUUAUUUUCUUCUUCUUCUUCUUAUUAUUAUUAUUAUUUUAUUUUUAUUUUUUUGUGUAGGCGCGGGUGGAAAUGUGAUGCAAUUACGUGCAAAUUUGCAAAGUCAAAUAUUUUGAAGUAAAAAAUACAUCGGAUUUUUAUAAUUCCGUUCAUUGUUAUAACAUAAUAGAGACUAUACCCAUUGUUAAUUUCAUGUGAUCUUUUUGGCAAGGUCACAAUUGUGCCGAAUACAUUUCGAAUAUUUCAUCAAAUGUGUGUAUAAUUUUUUCUUUCUUUUAACAAGCAUUCCUUUGCGCGUCUUCCCCCACCCCACGGAGAAUGCGGAGACACCCCGAAGACCACAGACUACUAUGUGAAGCACCUCGGCACCAGCCUCAGCAAGCUGUCCUGUCUCAAGUCAUGCUACCAGGACAUCAUCAUUGAGUACUGCAACUGUGCGGUGCCGUUCUUCUUCUUGGUGGAAAAUGUGACCGUCUGCAACUUGACCGAUCCAUUAGAUGGUAUGUAACCUACAUGAAGUGACAACUUGACUGAUCCAUUAGAUGGUAUGUAGCCUACGUGAAGUGACAACUUGACUAAUCCAUUAGAUGGUAUGCAGCCUACGUUAACCGACAACUUGACUGAUCCAUUAGAUGGUAUGUAGCCUACGUGAAGUGACAACUUGACUGAUCCAUCAGAUGGUAUGUAGCCUACUUGAAUUGACAACUUGGCUGAUCCAUUAGAUGGUAUGCAGCCUACGUUAAGCGACAACUUGACUGAUCCAUCAGAUGAUAUGUAGCCUACUUGAAUUGACAACUUGACUGAUCCAUCAGAUGGUAUGUAGCCUACUUGAAGUGACAACUUGACUGAUCCAUUAGAUGGUAUGUAGCCUACGUCAAGUGAAAACUUGACUCAUCCAUUAGAUGGUAUGUAACCCACGUGAAGUGACUACUUGACUGAUCCAUCAGAUGGUAUGUAGCCUACGUGAAGAGACAACUUGACUGAUCCAUCAGAUGGUAUGUAGCCUACGUGAAAUGACGCAUUCAGUACUUUAUGAAGUAGGCCUACUUGUAAUUAAUAUUUUGUUAUAUGUUCAAAUAUGGAAAGCCCAACCUUAUAUUUAACUUCAUAAAUAGAUACCGGUAACAUCUAUUUGCAAUUUAUUUGCUGAUGUGUUAAUAAGCAAAAAAUUGUGGCUAAUUUUUGAAAAGACAAUUGUUUGAAAUUGAGUUAUUGAAUUACAGAUUGCACAGGCUUGCAUAAAUCAGAAUGCAAGUUGUAGCAGCUGGCGUCAGUGCGCCUAUUCCCAUCAAAACGUACAUGCAGGCUCCAAUGAAGUUCAGUUAAAGCGUUUUUAUGUCCAACACGAAUGACUAGCUGAUCCCCAAUUGUAAUCAGUUAUUAGGUUAUAGUCCAAACCGGGGAAAUCGGCCUUCUCCCCUAUUUUUAUUGAUUUUUUUUUAAUUUUUGGUUUAGAUAACCGAGUUAUCAAAUAUUUCUCAUGAACAAAUCUUGUCACAGAAGUCUGUGUGGACAUGCUGCCUGUGAUGGCUCAAGAGCGUUACAAGCUUUGUGAUCAGCUUUGUCCACAGCCGUGCCAGUAUGUACAGGAAUUAUUUCAGCGUUUGUCCUUUGUCGACCUUAUAUUACUAUAAUAAUAUAUUUUUGUAAAUUAAAGAUAAGUUAAGAAUUUUUAUUGAUCCCAAUAAAUGGAAAUGUUUGGGUUUUUUUUUUUUAUUACAUUGUACAUACUUAUUUUAAGCACAUAAAUAAAUAUUUAUUUUAACCAAGACGAUAUUUUAUAAUUCUAACAAUUUAAACACAAGACAUCUAAAGUAUUUCUUUAGCGUAGAAAUCAGCCAAAAAUGAACUACUUUUGUGACAAUAAUGACUUAAUAAGGGAUAUUUUAUGUUUGGUCAGUGCUGGCGGGAGCACGGUGGUAAAUUCGUACAGACCUGGGAAAAAAAGAAUUUUGAUAUCUUUCAGCCCUAACUUUAGGAGAAAUAAUUCACCCUGAUCGAGCUGAUCUUAGAUAUCUGUGAUGAAGUGGGUGGGAUGUAUCAUGAAAUAUAUGUUUAGUUUUACAACAGAAUUUCUCUUCAAAUAUUUCCUCAUAGGAUGUUUAGUGAGUGUGAUGUUCCUGGCUUUCUUGAUGAGUCUAUUUAAGAACUAUGCUGUGACUCACUGGUGCCAAAUGGCGAUUGAUGAGAACCGCUGAGCAACACCGAUAAAUUAAUUUCCAUGAUAUUAUAUACAUGUUAACAGAAUUCAAAUGUUCGUUCAUAAUUACUUAUUCAACAGGGAAUAGUUAGGGCUUAAACCUGGACAAAACUUUCUUUCUUUCUUUUUUAAAUUGGCCUCCUGGCAUAUUUCAAUUAAUGAUAGACCAUACAGAAAGACAUAGCAUGUAUAAUUUAUAAUUGAUUCAAAAGUCAUAUAAAUUUUCUUGACAGGGAAACCCGUUACGAAACUUCUAUAUCUCAAGCCGUCUGGCCAUCCAAUAAAUAUGACGUAAGUUGGCUUGAUUAUUGAUCAUUCACAUUAACGUGAUUAGACUAGGAUCCUGACCCAACAUUAACUAUUUAUUAAAUAGACCCAUAGCGUCAAGAAAAUAACAAAGGAAUAAACUAUUUUUUUAAAAAUAUUUACACCACAACAAAUCAAAAAACUUUUUCUCGGAUUCCUGCCCUUCCUAUCUAACCGAACUUCUUUCUGUCUACUCCCCCAUUCGACAGCUUCGCUCCUCCGCAGACACGCUUAUUCUGUCCGUUCCCAAGACACGCACUAAAACAUAUGGUGAACGAUCUUUCUCUUUCUGCGCCCCCCGAAACAAUGAAAUUCUCUUCCACUACACAUCCGCAAUAUACCGACCAUCACAGCCUUCAAAACACAUCUCUUUAAACUCUACUAUUCCGACUGAUUCCCCCCCCCCCCCCCCCCCCAACCCUCUGACUGAUAAACAAUGCUGCUGGGUAGCCGUCCAUGGCUUGACAUGGAAACGUUCUGGGGUGAGUGGGGUGUAUAUUCAAUUGUUUUUGUUUUGUUGUUUAUACAGCUGUUCUUAUUAUAUAAAUGUAUUUUAUUUUAAAGUUACGAUUAUGUCUCUUUUGCUAAUAUUUUUAUGUACAGCGCGGUGAGUUAGUCCUAGGCUUGGGUACGGCGCUAUAUAAGACCACUAAUAUUAAUAUUAUUUUUUUCCCAACCUGACUCAAGUUUCUCCAUUCUUCUUUAAAGCCGUUUCCCUGUUAAAAAUAACAUGUGUUUCUUUCUUUUUUUUUUUUUUUAAAUGUUAUCUUUGUGUAUGCUUUUUUCUUUUUUUACUGGAAUUGUGCAAGGUAAUUAAAAUAAAAAGAGUAACUCUUCCCACAUUAAUACCCCAUCAGAGUUAUCUGUACAAGAAUUUUUCCUUUCUUUUUUUUUGCCGUUUUCCUGUUAAAAAUAACAUGUGUUUCUUUCUUUUUUUUUUUUUUUAAAUGUUAUCUUUGUGUAUGCUUUUUUCUUUUUCUACUGGAAUUGUGCAAGGUAAUUAAAAUAAAAAGAGUAACUCUUCCCACAUUAAUACCCCAUCAGAGUUAUCUGGACAAGAAACUUCAACAGACAAACUCGCUAUAUUUGCAUAUCCAAAGCACGUAAGUUUGCUUGAUUAGCGCUGGCUGCAUUGUGUUUAUAUGUCUUACAUGAAUGUAUUUAUACUUAUACACCAAAUCCAUCAUCAUUACACUAAAUCUUAUUUUCAUUAUCAAUUUCAAAAUUAUAUAUUUUAUAAAAAUUUAAGUGCGAAGCUGAAGUAUUUUAAUUUUAAACAAACCAAAGCCUCACUAGGCUAGACUGAGUGAAAUACUCCAUAUACUUUAAUACACUAGGCUAGACUGAGUGAAAUACUCCAUAUACUUUAAUACACAAGGCUAGACUGAGUGAAAUACUCCAUAUACUUUAAUACACUAGGCUAGACUGAAUGAAUUACUCAAUAUUGAAGUGCUCUAUCAUUAGGCUUGACUGAAUGAUAUAUUCCAUAUACUUUAAUACACCAGGCUAGUUUGAAUGAAAUACUUCAUAUACGCUAGGCUAGACUGAAAGAAAUACUCCACAUACCGGUACUAAAAUAUACUAGGCUAGACUGAAUGAGAUACUCCAUAUACUUUAAUACACUAGGCUAGAUUGAAUGAAAUACUCAUUAUUGAACUAAUACUUUAACUUUAAUACAUUAGGCUUGACUGAAUGAUAUACUCCAUAUACCUUAAUACACCAAGCUAGUUAGUCUGAAUGAAAUAUUCCAUAUACUUUAAUACACUAGCCUAGACUGAAGGAAGUACGUCACAAACGUUAACAUACUAGGCUAGACUGAAUGCAAUACUCCAACUCCAUAUAGUUUAAUACGCUAGGCUAGUCUGAAUGAAAUACUCCAUUUACCCCCAUCCAACUUUUUUUUCCCGAGUUGUAACUAACUCUUAAUCUUAGCUAUUUUUGGUGUUGUUUUUAUUUAAAAAAAAAUUUUUUUUAAUCAUUUGGAAUGCGUAACUAUUCUCAUCUCAGCAACAUGACAAUAUUCGGAUGUUAUGAUCAGAAACUUUGACCCUAACCGAUGCAUCUUCAUUCUUCUUCUGUUUCAGGAGCCAAGAGUUUACCAAAAUUCAAAUUUAUUUCCAAGAUCUAAUAUAUCAACACGUGGAGCAACAGAUAGGAUAUGAAGUGAGUUGAGUUAACUGUCAAAUCCUCAGACUUUUCAAAUUGGAUUUGUUCCAAUAAGACAAUGUGUGAGAGAGCUAAAAAAAUAAAAUAAUAAUAAACGGGAUGGCAUCAAAAAAACUAUGGCAAAGGUUUAGGGAUGGGAGGCGCAAUUUAGUAUUAAUUAGGAUUAUUGUAUUUCUUACAAAUUUUUUACAUUUCUUUUAAACUUGCGAUUUUGUUCUUCACUAUCGACUAAAAUAAGUACUAUUUUCAUACGGUACCCAUGAGACAUAGAGCCAAAAGCGGUCUUUAUUUAUCGAUUUUUAAUAUAAAAUCUUUCAUGCAUGAGAACAAAUCAAUAACUAUUUCAUUUCACGUUAUGCCCAGAGCAUGAGCUUGAUCAGUGAUCUUGGUGGACAACUUGGUCUCUGGCUCGGCCUCUCUGCCAUCACGAUUGGAGAGUUCUUCAGUUUCCUCUGCAGCAUUGGAAGAUCCCUGCCUUCG